AUUUAUAGUUUUAUAGAGGAUUUACAGUCUUUCAGCCUUAUGUGCCCUCUUAUACAGGUUGCUCAACUGAGGCAGCGUUUUUUCCAUUCUAUUGCUCCAGGAGGGCUUGCUGGUGAUAGAAGAGGAGUUGUUCCUGCAUCAGGAUUUUCUUUCAGUGCACAACAGAUAUGGAAAGUUAUAAAAGAAAACAAGGAUCUAGACCUUCCUGCUCACAAGGUCAUGGUUGCCAGUGUCCGGUGUGAAGAGAUUGCCAAUGAAAAGCUCAGUUGCUUGACCUCUGAUGUGGGUUGGGUGGCAUUGGAGGAAGCUGUUCGAUCUGGUACAGUAUCAGGUUUUGGGAAGAAGCUAAGCUCAAUAAUAGAAACCUAUCUUUCAGAAUAUGAUAUGGAGGCUUUCUACUUUGACGAAGGUGUGAGAAAGGCAAAGCGACAACAACUAGAGACAAAAGUAUUACAGUUAGUGCAUCCUGCUUACAGUACCUUGUUGGGACAUUUACGUUCUAAAGCACUUGAGAGUUUUAAGACCCACCUUGAACAAUCAUUGCACAGAGGACUAGGAUUUGCUGAUUCUGUUCGCAACAGCACUAAGGCUUGCAUGCUUGACUUUGAGCAGAGUUGUGCAGGUACUGCAUUAAAUGCAUUGCAUUAGACUGCCUUCUACACA